AUGGCAGUACACAAGUCCAAUGAAUAUGUGGAUGACUCAGGAUCAGACUCUGAUGGAGAAGUCGAGUUCCAACCGCCAAAACAUUUCCAUAAAUCAAAGCCAGCAUCCAAUAUAAAAAUACAGAAUGAUAAAGAAAUCUGGUUGAUUAAGACACCAAAGGGGUUCCCAUUGAAGGACUUGAAGACUUUACCAGUCUCCUUCACCUCUAAGUCUAUUUCUACUGGACCAUCACGUUUCAAUUUGAAUCAGAAAAAUUUUCAGGUCAAUGAAGAGUUGUUAGGUACCGACACAGAAAGCUCGAAGUACGCCAUCCUUACGAACGAAAGCAAGAAGAAUUUCAAGAUAGUAGGUCAAGAUAUCAGUCGUUUCUAUAACAUACGUGAAGCUGUGGAUAUUCCAGCUAUUUCUAUGGACGAGGUUAUCAAGCCAAGAAAGAACAUCAAGAAAAUCAAGAACUUGAGAAUGAGACAUUUCCCUACCGGAUACGGAGCUGAAGAUUUUGACGAAGCCAAGCCUCAAGUUGGUGGUGAAGAUGCUGGUGAUAGCGAGAGCGAAGAUGACGGAAAGAUAGUCAAAAAGGCCAAGAUAGAAGAAAAAUCCAAGAGCGAUAAGAAGGAGAAGAAGGAAAAGAAAGAGAAGAAGGAAAAGAAAGAGAAGAAGGAGAAGAAGAGUAAGAAAGAAAAGAAAGAAAAGCAUCAUUAA